CAGAUCAGAACUGCUGCUGCAUGCCUCAGAGCUCCAGUCCCGAACCAGAACCAGAACCAGAACCAGAACCAGAGCGCCAUGCUGCGUGUGCGAUGCCUGAGAGGAGGGAGCCGCGGAGCAGAAGCCGCUCAUCUGAUCGGUGCUAUGGUGGGUCGCGCGGUGUCGGGAUGGGUGUCGCGCGCGGUCCGCAGCACCUCGAGUUCCGCCGCCGCGCUCCCGCUCACCGCGGACGAGCCGGUUACCGAGCACACGCCCGAGGACUGCCCCGUGUGCGCACACAACGAGUGGGACCCGCUCGAGGAGGUGAUCGUAGGGAGAGCCGAGAACGCCUGCGUCCCCCCGUUCACCGUGGAGGUCAAGGCCAACACCUAUGAGAAAUACUGGCCCUUCUACCAGCAGUUCGGGGGACAGACAUUCCCGAAGGACCACGUGAAGAAAGCAGUCUCUGAAAUCGAGGAAAUGUGCAAUAUUCUGCAGCAUGAGGGAGUUACAGUGAGACGACCGGAACCCAUCGACUGGUCAGUGGAAUAUAAAACCCCUGACUUCACCUCCACCGGUGAGAGCGAUUACCCCAUCCGCACCGUGGAGGACAGACAUAAGCUGGCCGCUCAGGGGAAGUUUGUCACCACAGAGUACGAGCCGUGUUUCGACGCUGCAGACUUCAUCAGGGCCGGCACUGAUAUCUUUGUACAGAGGAGUCAGGUUACAAACUUCAUGGGCAUCGAGUGGAUGAGACGUCACCUCGCUCCCACCUACAAGAUCCACAUCAUCUCCUUCAAAGACCCCAACCCCAUGCACAUCGACGCCACCUUUAACAUCAUCGGCCCGGGGCUGGUGCUGUCGAACCCGGAUCGGCCCUGCAGGCAGGAUUACCCCAUCCGCACCGUGGAGGACAGACAUAAGCUGGCCGCUCAGGGGAAGUUUGUCACCACAGAGUCCGAGCCGUGUUUCGACGCUGCAGACUUCAUCAGGGCCGGCACUGAUAUCUUUGUACAGAGGAGUCAGGUUACAAACUUCAUGGGCAUCGAGUGGAUGAGACGUCACCUCGCUCCCACCUACAAGAUCCACAUCAUCUCCUUCAAAGACCCCAACCCCAUGCACAUCGACGCCACCUUUAACAUCAUCGGCCCGGGGCUGGUGCUGUCGAACCCGGAUCGGCCCUGCAGGCAGAUCGAGAUGUUCAAGAAGGCCGGCUGGACUGUGGUGACUCCUCCAGCUCCUCUUAUUCCAGACAAUCAUCCGCUGUGGAUGUCGUCCAAAUGGCUCUCGAUGAACGUGCUGAUGCUGGAUGAGAAGCGUGUGAUGGUGGACGCUAACGAGACGAACAUACAGAAGAUGUUUGAAAGUCUGGGUAUUCAGACCAUUCGAGUCAGCAUCCGGCACGCUAACUCGCUGGGAGGAGGCUUUCACUGCUGGACGACGGAUGUGCGCCGCCGUGGGACGCUCCAGUCGUACUUCCUCUAGCCUGCCAGAGACACGCAGUCCUUAUUGAGCUCAGAUCAGCAUGCUUUGAUCGCGCUGUGCAUGUCAGGGCUUUUGCAAACGCCACAGAUGAACGUGAUGAGUACAAACCUCAGUGAUCUCAGUAACGACUGCAUCUCUGGCCGGCUGUUGUAGGAAUGACUGAAGCAGACAGAGCCCCCCCCACACACACACACACCACCACGCCACCACGACCACAGAAGAAGAGUUUCUACCUCCUGUUUACCAAAACCACAAAAAAACAUAGCGUAUUUUGAAUUGUAAUGACUUCUUAUAUAAUGCAUUUUAAUUAUAGAUCUUUUUUUUACCCUACAUGUGAUGUGCCAAGUGUUGAUUUGUAAACUCAGGUAUUUUUGUAGCCAUACUUUGUAAGCAUUUCAUAGAAAUGUAAAUAUCUAUAUGCAUUUUAGUGGCAUAUACUUUCCCUUCACAAGAGUGUUGUCUAGCCUCUGCCUCUGAUGUCGUUCUCUAUAGCAGGAGCCAGGAACGUUUGGCUGAUUAUUCGCGCUGCGCUUGUGCUGUGCUUCUCUAGUUUAACUUGUUGGGUGCGAUGGUCCUGUGUCAGGUCAAACCAGUCUAAUAAAGAUACACUUGGAAACCAG